ACACUUGGAUAAAAAAAGUCCGUAAGUAUUUUUUGUUUAUAAACGUGUUUCUACAAAUAGUUACGAAUCACUAUAUUCCACAACAAAAUAAAAUAUAUACCUACUCAAAGGACAAUUGUUAACAACUAAUAGAGUUCCCUACUAGAAAAUGGCACAAGCCACACUACCUAAUCCAAAUACAUUGUUACCAUUGGAACUUGUCGACAAGUGCAUAGGUUCACGUAUUCACAUUAUAAUGAAAAAUGAUAAAGAAAUGGUGGGGACGUUACAAGGAUUUGACGAUUUUGUCAAUAUGUUAUUAGACGACGUCACCGAAUAUGAAUCAACACCAGAAGGAAGGAAAAUCACAAAGUUGGAUCAAAUUUUAUUGAAUGGAAACAACAUAGCAAUGUUGGUGCCGGGCGGAGAAAUGCCUGGAGAAGCAUAUGAUGGAUAAUAAAUUUGUACAAGUGUAUUUUAAGUUGGUAUAAGUGUUAAAUAUAUUUUGUUCUAC